GCAGCUGGGAACUAACCUGGUCAUCCCAGGUGGAGCCAGAACCAUCGAUGCCCGCGGCAAAUAUGUCUUCCCAGGCGGCAUCGACACCAACACCCACUUUCAGCUGCCUCUCAACGGCACCACGGCGGCGGACGACUUUUACAGCGGAACCAAGGCCGCUCUGGCUGGGGGCACCACCAUGAUCAUCGACUUUGUGGUACCCCAGCGGGAAGAGUCUAUCCUAGAGGCCUACGAGAAAUGGCGAGGCUGGGGCGACGCCAAAGUGUGCUGCGACUACGGCCUGCACGUGGGCAUCACCUCCUGGACCAGUGAGAUUUCUAAGGAGAUGGAGCAACUCACCCAGGAGAAAGGUGUGAACUCAUUCCAAGUGUUCAUGGCCGGCUCUGACCGUAUGUUGGAGGACUCGGACAUUUACAACGUGUUCAACCGGUGCCGGGAGCUGGGGGCUCUGCCCAUGGUGCAUGCGGAGAACGGACACCUCAUUGAAAUUAAAUCUGCUGAGCUGGUGGCACAAGGCAUCACAGGACCAGAGGGUCAUCUGCAGUGUCGCCCAGAGGAGGUAAGAUCGUGUUUGGCGAGCCCACGGCUGCGGGUCUGGGCACGGACGGCUCCCACCAGUACAACAAGUGUUGGCGACACUCUGCUGGUCAUGUGACCGCUCCCCCUCUCCGUGCUGACCCCUCCACACCAUCCUACCUGAUGGAUCUAUUGGCCAACAACGACCUUCAGGUGACCGGCACGGACAACUGCACGUUCAACGCUGACCAGAAGGCUCUGGGCAAGGACGACUUCCGCUGGAUUCCCACAGGGGUCAAUGGCGUUGAAGACCGCAUGUCCAUCAUCUGGGAGAAGGGAGUGCACGCUGGAAAAAUGGAUCCAUGCAGAUAUGUAGCUGUGACCAGUACAACUGCUGCCAAAAUCUUUAACCUUUACCCUAAAAAGGGCCGUAUCGCCGUGGGCUCCGACGCUGACAUCGUCAUCUGGAAUGGAGAUCAGGAGCGCAUCAUCAGUGCCAAGACACACCACCAGGCGGUUGACUUCAACGUGUUCGAGGGCAUGUCGUGUCACGGGGUGCCUGAGUAUGUCAUCACCAAUGGCAGCAUCGUUAUGGACGAAGGCCAGCUGAAGGUCACCCAGGGUCUGGGAAGGUUCGUCUCCACACCGCCCAACGCCCAGUUCGUCUUCAGCCGAGUCACCAGCAAGGCCAAGGCGUCUCAGCCCCAGAGGAUCGAGCGCGACCCGUACACCGGCCCCGUAGUGGAGAUCAAAGCGGAGGAUGCGGCUGCCAUGGCCAGCAGGCGACCAGAUAACCCCAUCUUCCCAGAACAGUCGGCUGAGUUCCACAACCGUCCUACGCGCGGCGGGGUCCGCAACAUGCAGGAUUCCUCCUUCUCUCUCAGUGGUGCUCAGUUUGAUGAACACAAGACCAAGAGGCCUGGAACCAAGGUGUCGAAUCCCCCAGGAGGAAAGUCCACAGGAUUCUGGUAGUCGUCGCGUCCCUUUUCCUUUCCCCCACCCCCUGUCUAGGAUCUCGGCCAUUGUUACUUUUGUGCAGGGUGCCGGCAUAAUUUUUUAAAAGAAUAAAUUUAUUAAGUAAUCAAUUUUCUGUCACUGCUUCUGUGCGCGCUUUCUGUUGCCAAGGUGUGGAUUAUUUGACUGACUGAGUGUGUGUGUGUGUGUACAGUGGCCCGGGAGAAAGAGGAAGGGAGUUGUUGUUGGUUAUGUUGUUAAUGUCUUUGGUGUAAACGUGGAAAAAGAUUAAACUUUUUUUUUUUAGUCAACUGUUGUUUGAUUGGCCACUCCGGUAGUACUUUAGGUAUGAAAGGUAGAGCAUUAAGUAUAAAGAAUGUUAGUUUUAUUGUUUCCUGAAUGUUUUCAGGCUCCUAGGAAUAUGCUCGGGAUGCGUGUACGAAGGAGUACAUUGGUUGACAGACUUUUGGCCAUGCCUGUUUCUCAGUAUGGAUGAAUGGUCAUAGUAACUGUGUUUGGUUUUUAAAAAUACACUCCCUAUACAUAUGUAUAUGUGAACUCGGAAAAUUUUGUCAAACCGAAGAGAUUUGCUUAGCAACUGUUUUAAAAAAGGUACCAUUGUCUCACGAUGAAUGUGGUAUUUGGGCUAUGUGUGGUACUGAUAAGUGAAGUGAAGUGAAGUGAGCUUGACUACGUGUGUGUUGUAAGAGAGAUCAUUCUCUUUACUGGCCGCUUGAAAGUCUUAGGUCAUAGAUUUGUUCUUUUGUAAAUACUGCUUCAUGCUUUGUCAAGAACUGAAUGUGCUGAAUGGAACAAUUGUUAUGCAUAGUAUAAUAUCCUUUUAGUGUACUAUAAUACGUGUAUUUAGUUUUACUAUAGCGUUUUUGAUGUUCAGACUUCAGGAUAGCAGAAAAUCCAUGUAAUACGUGCUACUAAAAUCAUUCAAAAUGAAUGUUUGAAAAAAAAUGUUUGAUGUUCGCGACUACAGACGGACAACUUCUUCUGCUGCCUUCCCCUCAGUAUGUGGUGCACUAUGUGCAUGAUUAUGUUCCCAAGUGAAGUGGAAAUGACUUGCAAGCUAGUCACACUAGAUUGUCACUUCAGGACAGGUACCUAUCUUAAUUUUACUUGACAGUUUUAAUUUGAGUACGUUAAUCCUUAAUGAAUGCGGCUUGUUCUCCACACAUGUUCAGCUACAUGUUGUGUGGUCCAUUAUUCUGGAAAAGUUCUGUUAACUUUCUUUUAUUUCCUGAAGACAUCUUUUUUUUUUUAUAUGAUUUUUCAUUUCACAAUAUGUGCUGAAGUGGAAUUUUUAGCUGUCCUCAUUACAAGAUCAGCUUUUUUCUAAAGUAGCAAUAAAAA